AUGACAGAUAAACUAAUAGAAACAGUGGAGAAACAUUUAAAUAAUAUCCCGAUAACAAUAAUAUCACAAGGAGCAGAAGCAUUAGUAUUUGAAACCUCAAUUCAUCCGUAUAACAUCUCAUCUACAGCCAAUGGUACUGAUAAGUACAUUAUUAAAUAUCGACCAAAUAAACCUUAUAGACAUCCGAAGAUUGAUCAAUUUAUAAAUAAAUCACGGACAAUAAGUGAAUGUAAAUUUAUGUAUAAAUUACAAAAAUUAAAUAUCAAUUGUCCAUCAAUUAUAUCAAUUGAUUAUAAUAAUGGAAUAAUUUGGAUGGAAUAUCUAGGAUUUAAUUUACCAAAUAAUUCAAUUAGUUCUUUGAAGAAUUGGUUAUGGUAUUUAGAGACGCAAGCAGCGGAAGAUGAAGACAAUCGUAAGUUAUGUGUAAAUGAACAAGUUAAAUCUAUUUGCAAUAGAGUUGGUCAAUUAAUUGGUAAAUUACAUCUUAAUGAUAUGAUUCAUGGUGAUUUAACCAGUUCAAAUAUAAUCUUAUUAGAAUCGUAUGAACCUGCAUUAAUUGAUUUUGGAUUAUCAUCAUUUAGUGGAUUAGCAGAAGAUAAAGCAGUUGAUUUAUAUGUAUUAGAAAGAGCAAUCUUAAGUACUCAUUCAUUAUUUUCUGAUACUUAUAAUGUUUGGUUAUUAGAAGGUUAUGAAUUAAUUCAUAAACAAUUAAAUAAAUCAAUGAAAUUUAAAGAAGUUGAAAAGAAAUUACAAGAUGUAAGAUUAAGAGGUAGAAAAAGAAGUAUACAUGUUAAACCAAGUCAAUUGGUUAUUACAUUUCGUUCAUUAUCACAAUAUCGUCAUAAUCCUCAAAUUUAUAUUCAUGAAUUAAAUCCCAAUAUUUAUAAAUUUUCACUUUCAACAAAUCCAAAAUCUUUAGAUAUUGGAAUUUCCGAUUCUGUAUUACCAACACCUGAAAGUUUUAAAUCUAAUCCUAAAUUUCUUAAAUUAGUUCAUGAAACAAUUCGUGAUCAUAUUGAUCAAGAUUUUACGUUUAUAAUGGAAGCUGGUGUUAAUAAGGAUUGCUUUAUGCCUAUUUAUGAUUUAAGAGAAAUACCUCAAUAUGCUCGUAUACCUGAACCUGAAAAUGUAUUUGGUUAUGUACAAGUUGAUAAAGAUGGCAAGAUUAUUAAAGAUUCUUAUCAAUCUAAUAAUAUGUAUCGUUUAUGUACAUGUACCAGUGGGUUAAGUAAAUUUAGUGAUUAUAUAUUAGAUCAAUUGAAAGCGCAAAUAAAUUGA